AUGGAGAGCCUUCUUCAAGGAGGCCAAUACAUGAACAAGCUGUUGCUGAAUGCUUUUUACCUCUGUGGAUCCCUCCUUAGCGAUCGGCCUGGGGUUCGGUUUGUAGAGGGAGAUUACGGCACAUUUGGAAUGUCCUUCUAUGCGAGGAUUCGCCAACUACUUGUUAACGAAAUCGGAAAAUCGAGUAUUCCCACUACCGUGGCUUUACUCCUCUGUGGGGUUUCUCUAGUAUCUCUAGGUAUGACUGGCGAAGGUUGGGCAUCAUGUGACUUAGCACAUCGAAUGUUGGCAGACUCGGACCGUCAUUCUGAGCAGUUUCUCACCCACGUCGAAGUUGAAAUGCGAAAUCGAUUACGCAUGGGGGCAUUUUCUAUCAACAUGGCAUUGGCUCUCUAUGUUGGGUGUACGCCUUUUACUGAACUUCGUGACCUCCAAGAGCAGGCCAACGUUUUGGACACCUACGAGGAACUGGAAAUGUGGCCAUCCCAAUCGCCAUGGAUUGAUCCUUCUGGUAACUCAUCUUCUCAAGACUUUCAACAAACCCCGACUCAUACUAUUUCGACAUUUGUUGCCCACGUUCAAUUGAUGCAGAUAGCUUCAGACGCCCUUCAAUCAUUAUAUCACGAGGAUUCGGAGCCAGUGGGCCUCAUUUUCUAUUUGCAGAAACAAUCCGCAAUAGAGCAGCGACUCACUCAUUGGUUACAGUCGCUUCCUAACCAUCUCCACUUUGACCUAGAUAUAGACCCACUGCCUCUACCGCAUCAGACGACAUUAUUAUUGGUUUUCCAUGCUGUAAAAUUACUGACGUUGCGACCGCUCUUAGAACGGCCUGGUCUGCGGUGUUGUUUAGACAGCGUCGACCGAACGACUGCCGAAAAUGCUUGUGUAGAGGAGGCAGUAGCUAUAUGGCGGCUUCUCAGCAGAUACAGAGAAAGAUUCACCCUCCGACGUUCCUCAAUAUUGCUAUCCUUUUCAGGGUACGUUGCA